AGGACAUGUAUACCUCUGAGAAACCUUCUCCAACAAGAUACCUUGCUUCAAGACCUGUCUUGGGUUAUAUGCAAAGAAGUUUCCAGUCAUGAGUGCAGAUGCUGAGCAGGAUGCUGCUAUCAAACUUGCCCAAGAGCGAGCAGAGAUAGUUGCCAAGUAUGACAGAGGACGGGAGGGUGCACAGAUUGAACCGUGGGAAGAUGCUGACUAUCAUCUUUACAAAGUCACAGAUAGAUUUGGGUUUCUACAUCCAGAGGAGCUUCCUGUCCAUGAUGUAGCGAUAGAAAAGCAAAAGCACCUUGAAAUCGAAAGAACUACAAAAUGGCUUAAGAUGCUGAAAAGCUGGGAAAAAUACAAGAAUAGUGAAAAGUUUCAUAGGAGAAUUUAUAAAGGAAUCCCACUGCAGUUCAGAGGGCAAGUCUGGUCUUUACUACUUGACGUCCCUAAAAUGAAAGAAGAAAUGAAAGACUUUUAUAAUAAAUUGAAGUGUCAAGCACGAGGGUCUUCACCAGAUAUUAGGCAAAUUGAUCUUGAUGUAAAUCGAACAUAUAGAGAUCAUAUCAUGUUUCGAGACAGAUACGGUGUUAAGCAACAAUCUUUAUUCCAUGUUUUAGCUGCAUAUUCCAUAUAUAAUACGGAAGUUGGAUACUGUCAGGGAAUGAGCCAGAUCACAGCUUUACUCCUUAUGUACAUGAAUGAAGAAGAUGCCUUCUGGGCCUUGGUGAAACUUCUCUCUGGUCCAAAGCAUGCUAUGCAUGGUUUUUUUAUUCCUGGUUUUCCAAAACUGUUGAGGUUUCAAGAACAUCAUGACAAAAUACUCAAAAAAUUUUUAUCCAAACUUAAGCAGCACUUGGACUCCCAGGAUAUGUCCACUAGCUUUUACACAACAAAGUGGUUUUUCCAGUGUUUCCUUGAUCGUACUCCCUUUACAUUAAGCCUUAGGAUAUGGGAUAUCUACAUACUUGAAGGAGAGCGGAUUCUCACUGCUAUGUCUUACACAAUUCUGAAACUACACAGAAAGCAUUUGAUGAAAUUACAAAUGGAAGAGCUUGUGGAAUUUCUACAGGAGUCUUUAGCCAAGGAUUUCUUCUAUGAAGAUGACUUCGUAAUAGACCAGCUCCAAAAUUCUAUAUCAGAAUUGAAACGAGCAAAGCUGGAUUUACCGGCGGCUGGUAAAGAAGAUGAAUUUCCAAAGAAGCCAUUGGGGCAGAUUCCAUCAGUACCUCAGCCUGCUAUAGUUAACUCCACUCCAAUGCUUAAUGGACAGAACAACACUGGUACACAGACAAGAAGGACAGAGAGGAGACCAUCCGCAGAAGAAGAACCGGAAAGUUCACCAAAUAACCGAAAAAGAAUUAAUUCACUGGAAAAGAAACCUUCCUUAAAACAGCAGAAGACUCGACCAAUAGACACACAAAGUAGUAUAUCUAAGAAUGAGGUAGAUACCAGAAGAAAGCCUCCGCCAACAGAGCAAGACAACUCGAGACAGUAUAAUAAUGCAGCUGCUAAUCAAAAUUCUAAUGCUACUUCAAAUACAAGAAGGGAAUUUGUACCUAAGUGGAAUAAACCAUCUGAUAUCAAAAUAAUUGAAAAGACAAUGAAACUUACUGCAGAGGCGAAAGGAAGGCAAAUAAACCAUUCGGUUUCGGGCCCACCACCAAGUCCUGGAGAAACGCAGCCUUUGAAUGUGAAGCAGAAGAUGAGGGUUUUGGAUGCUGAUGAAGGUAAGCGAGGGUCUAAUGCAUCUCAGUAUGACAAUGUUCCAGAAGUUGAGAAUGAGAAUGAGAAUCUUGUUGAAGAAAUGCUUGAGAGAGCUCAUCCACAGAGUCCUAGGCAUGUAACAUACUCUAAUAGUCCAAGAAAGCAAAACGAAAAAAUACCAACUCCAUUUAAAAUACCCAAUAAUUAUGCCUUCACUUCGCAACCCAGAUCUCCAAAAUAUUCAUCGCAAUCUGAUGGACCACCUCACGGACUGAAUGUAAAACAGCCACUGCCAUGUUAUAGUAAUCCACCCACUUACCAUGGAAAUUCUCCAAAGCAUGUUUCCAGUAUAGGCAACACAAGUUCUGUACCUCUGCAUUAUCAUGGGAAUCGAACCAGCCCUUCUGGUAGGCCAUAUGGUUCUUUCGUUUCAGUAGAUUAUUCUCCGGAUAAACUACAAAUGAAUUCCUAUCCUCCCAGUCGCCAAAAUCCUCUUUCACCGACCCCUGGUCAGAUAGAAGUAGCCCCUGUCGAUGCUUAUACCAGCAACUCAAGGUCCCCCACAGGUGUCAAAUUCAUAAUCCCUCCAGUGGAUUAUUUACCAGAAGAUAGAAAGUGGCCAGAUGCUCCGUAUAUUUACAGACAUGAACCCUACAGGCAGCCCUGGAGCCAAGACGUUAACAAAGGCCACUUGGACAAUUUCCAGAAAUACCAGCAUUUUCAGUCAACACCUUUUCAAGACCACGGUCUUCCUGCUGUUUCUGUGGAUAGUCCAAUAAGAUACAGGACUUCACCAGCCUUUGAAGAGCAUGGUUCACCACAAUACCAAUAUUCAAACCCGUCAGCUCAAGCCCAGCACUAUCGAAAUAGAAAUGAUGGAUUGUCUAUGCAUGAAUCUGUGCUUCUCUGAGAAUCUCUCUAUACUUAGUAAAAUGGCAAGAACCAAAAGCAGUUAAACAUUACCGCGUUAGUAGCAGUCCACAUCAGUUCUUCUGUGAAAUGCAGACAGCUCACGAGUCUCAAAAAUAACAACACUAUUUCAAAGAUGUUUCAAGCUUUCACUGAAGGCUAGUUGAGUUCUUAGACUUGCAUUGAAGCUAUUGAAAGUGAUCUGAUGCACAUAGACAUAGCAAUAAGAUCAUAUAUACAAUGUGGUUAAUACUGUCAUUGUUCCUUACAUUUAAAUAACUCGUGUUACAAUCUUUCUGCCUAAAACCUGUAACACAUUUACAAGUUUUAUUUUGACUGACAUUGUUAAUGCACUGUAUAGAGAUGUGUGUGUGCGCGCGCACGUGUGAGUGUGCACUUACAAUACACAAACGCAUAUGGAAAAGAGCUAAAGAGUUUAAAUGUAAAUGCGUUUAACUUUGGGCAAAGCUUGUGAAGUACUUUUGUUUCAUAUUAAUUUUUCUUUGUAAUUUAUUUGAGAAGCCAUUCAUUUUGAAUGGGAGUUUCUGUCGUUUUUAUACAGCUGCCUCAGCAUCCCAGUAUCUGUUCUGGGCAGGAGAGAUGCUUUGGGAUUAUUAAUUUAAUCUUAUGUGAGAGUUAAUUUCCUCUCCUUUGACUACUGUUUGUCAUUUUCCUCAGCAAGAAGGAGCAGGCAGGCAAAAGCAGAAAGCCAAAAUGUCUCUCUAAUCUGGCUAAGAAAUGGUGCUUAAAAUUCAGGGCAGUGUUUAGUUUUUUAGGUGCAUCGAAAGUGGAGAAUUUUUACCUUCUCGCCCAAACCUACCUUCAGAAUGUUGUCCUAUAUGCAAAAUAUUGGAGCACAGCGAGAGUAAUGCCAGAUACAGAAAUGGUGCUGCACUCUUCUCUUUUUGCCAUGCUGUGCUGUCAAACUAACCAGACUGGUUGCAGGGCCAAAUCUCACCAGUAUCAGAGAAUGAGCAGCUCCUCGACACUCUCGUGAAGUAUACACAGGAGUCUGAGAUUUGGUCGAGGCUUGACAUUCUCUGAGCUGUGUGAGUAUGCAGUGUCCCUUCUCUUAAGCUUUGUCACGUCAAUUCCAUUUUGUUUCACCCUUUUUUACCCCAAAGAGCUGGUAGGGUCGUGUCUGUGAUUGGGCAUGUGCUGCUGUGCCGUCAGGCUGCUGAGAGAUUGUGUGGUGUUUUACACUAAAAUGAUCCUGACUGUUAAAUGGAAGCUUAGACUCCUGGUAACAUAAGUAUUUUUAAUUAGUGUUUGCAGCCUUUUCUACUCUGUGUUUUCCUUUCCUUGACUGUGAAUUGGGGGUGAAAAAAAAGAGCAGGUUAAGUGGCACAUGUAGGCUACAGUCCUGCGAGCUGCUGGGUGCCGGGUGGUGCGUUCCGACUGCGCUGACCUCUCACUGGAACCUGUGGGAGUUGAGGCGGAUAAGGAUCUCGCCAGAAGAGGUCCUUGGAGUGCUUAACAGAGAGAUUUUCCUAAUACUUAAGUACCAAACAGUGGUUUCAACACCAGUUUUGGAUGGUUUGGAAAGUUGUCCUGUUAUCUUUUGUUUUAUAAGAUUUGUUAACUGAAAACAUAGAAAUGGAUUUUUUAUUUUUUUUCGUUUAAAGAAUGAGCUUUAGUGCCUAUAAUUGCUGCAGGUUGGCUCUGUAAGUUUUAAGGUACAGAAGUAAAACAAUUUUUACAAAUGGAAGUAACAUUUACUUAGUAUAUUUCAAAAACUUUUUUUUGUGUAUAUAAUGUGUCUGAUGUAAUUUUUAAUGAACUGGGCAAUUUUAUAUUUUAAAAAUUGCAAACUGCAGCAAAGUAACAGUAGCAAAGCACUACACUGAAAUUCUAAACUAAAAUUGUGAAGAUAAAUAUGACAUGGGCUUACCUUAGUUCUGAUUGCUUACAGCAGCUUAGAAAUGUAUGUAUAUAAUAUUGUGGCUAAGUGUAAUAAUCUCGGUGUUUAACGAUGGUUCUGUAAUUCAUAACAAAGCUGUACAAUUUAUUUGUGCAAGCAACACAAGGCUCCAAAAUAUGUAUCAGCAUUAGUAAAUACUGUAGAUUUUUAUAUAUAAAAUAUAUACACACUAUUUUCUUAUGUCAUCUGCAACAGUUUUAUAACUGUGUAUCCUAUUUUGAUGUGACUGUAUUUUUAACAUGUUAAAAUAAUAAUAAUUAAGCUU